CCUUGCAGGGGCUUGAUAGGCAGCAGAGCUGGCCAAUCUGGGGCUCAGAGGGUAGGUCUGCCAGCUGACCACGAGGUGAGGGAGCCCCAGGCUUCAGGUUCUAAAGAGGCUCCAGUCAGUAACCAGACUUGAGCUGUGAGGGUCAAACUGGCAGACUGUGCUAAACAGUCUGCUACCCAUUGGACCAUCCACUUUCUGCUAGGCAAUAGAAGACAGGUGACUCUACCCUUGCCUAAGGGUAGGUGUGGCACUGGUGUCUGCUGCUGCUGUGCCCUCAUUAGCCUCUCCACAAAAUCAGACUCAACACAAGGAGCAACUGCCAACCGAGGCUCUUGUGCUGACCCAGGGCCCUUCACCAGGAUCAUGAGGGUCCCUGGUGUUCAUUUCCAGCUGGUGCUGCUGUGGGUGCUACUGUGGACACUGGUGGCACAGGGGGCAAGGUCUGUGUGUCCCUCCUGUGGGGUCCCCACACUGGCACCCCAAGCAGAACGAGCUCUGGUCCUGGAGCUAGCCAAGCAGCAAAUCCUGGAGGGGCUGCACCUGGCCAGUCGUCCCAGGAUAGCUAAUCCACCACCCCAGGCAGCACUGACCAGAGCUCUCCGGAGACUGCAGCAGGGGAGUGUGGCUCCGACGAAUGGGGAGGAAGUCAUCAGUUUUGCUACUGCCACAGACUCCUCCACUUCAGCCUGCAGCUCCACGCUCACCUUCCACCUGUCCACUCCUCGGUCCCACCAUCUGUACCACGCUCGCCUGUGGUUGCAUGUGCUCCCCACCCUUCCGGGCACUCUUUACUUGAGGAUCUUCCGAUGGAGCCUAAGGAGGAGGCACAGAGGGUCCCUCGCCUUCCUGGCUGAACACCAAAUUACAACCCCUGGCUGGCAUGCCCUAAUUCUGCCCUCUAGUGGCUUGAGGGGUGAGGAGUCUCCUGUCCUGAGACUUCAACUGGACUGCAGACCCCUAGAAGGCAACAGCACAGCUGCUGGACAAGCUCAACGGCUCCUGGACACAGAGGGAAACCAGCGGCCCUUCCUGGAGCUUAAGAUUCGGCCCAGUGAGCUGGGAGCAGGCAGGGCCAGGAGGAGGACUUACACAUGUGAGCCUGAGACACCCUUAUGCUGUAGGCGAGACCAUUAUGUAGACUUCCAGGAACUGGGAUGGCGGGACUGGAUCCUGCAACCUGAGGGGUACCAGCUGAAUUACUGCAGUGGGCAGUGCCCCUCCCACCUGGCUGGCAGUCCGGGCAUUGCUGCCUCCUUCCAUUCUGCUGUCUUCAGCCUCCUCAAGGCCAACAACCCUUGGUCCCUGGGUACCUCCUGCUGUGUCCCUACUGCCCGAAGACCUCUCUCUCUCCUCUACCUGAACCGUGAUGGCAAUGUGGUCAAAACAGAUGUGCCAGAUAUGGUGGUGGAGGCCUGUGGCUGUAGCUAGCAAGAGGACCUGAGGAUUUGAAGUAAAGAAAUCAAGUUGGGAAUUCCUAGGUAAAGGGCAUCUGUGGCUGGAGGCAUCAGAUUCCUGAUCUGCACCCUCAUCCAAUAGGCCACCUGGUGGUAUGACUGGGCUGACCCCCAUGAGACCCAAAUGGACACUUUAUUGUCCAGAUUCUGGUCUAUUCCAGGCUGACCGACAUGUGGAAAGAUGGGGGAAGUGUGUCUUCUGAAGGAAUCUACCCAGAAAGCAUGAUUUCCUACCCUAAGCCCUAUGAGAAAAUGGCAGAGGCAAGGGAGGGAAGGAGGGAAGGAGCAGGCAGAGAAAAAUGACUUAGUCCCUCCCAAGAAGAGAGAGUGCUCAAGUGAGACAAGGAAGAAGCAGAAGUCCAGCAGGCUUGGGGGCAGGGGAAACAGGCUGGCCAAGGUCAGACAGCUGAAAUGCUUCAAGGGAGGGUCGAGAGGGAGCUGGGCAAGGGGCUAAGGAAGGAUGUUUGGAGAUCCCCAGAAAUGGGAGUCAGGGGAGAAGAGUGCUGAGCCUGAGAAGUUCCUUGGUUUUUCCCAGUGGGGGGUCAGGACCCCUGGAGAGAAAAACAUUUAUAAUUUCCUAAUAAAAAUGGGGGGGCAUCAACAAGUGUGAGUUAUGAAAAAGGGCUGGGGCGAUGGUCCAGAACAAUGACUUGCAAGGUGUGGUCUGGGGACCUCUGGGAAUUUCUCCAGACCCUUUCAGGGGUGUCCACAGGGUCAAAACUAAUUUCAUAAUAAUGCUAGGAGGCUGAUUGCCUUUUUAUUUUCACCAUCUCAAAAGGGUACAGUGGAGUUUUCCAGAGGCUAUGUGACAUGUGACUACAUCAUCUUUCUGACUUCAUUGUUAAUGGUAUGUGUGCUUGUGUAUUCUUGUGUUACAAUUUUUUUCAGUUUUAAUUCCUAAUAUGGUAAAUAGAUAUAAACCACAUAAACAAAGACUCAACAAUUGCCCUGA